AUGAACCCGAGUGAGCCGCAAGUUCGAUGCACCGACCAACACGUCUCCUGGGUCAGACACCGGGACAUCCACCUGUUGACAGUCGGCCGGUACACGUAUACCGGCGACCAGCGUUUCCGGUCGAUCAAUCAACCACCUAGCGAAGACUGGACGCUCCAGAUCAAGUAUCCGCAGAUCAGAGACUCGGGUAUCUACGAAUGCCAGAUAUCCACCACGCCGCACAUCAGCCAGUACAUUCAUCUCCAAGUCGUCGAACCUCGUACUGACAUUAUUGGAGGACCGGAAAUAUUCAUUGAUCGAGGAAGUACCAUCAACCUGACAUGUGUUGUACUACAUAGCCCGGAACCGCCGUCUUACAUAUUUUGGAAUCAUAAUAAUGCUAUUAUCAGUUACGAUUCGCCCAGAGGAGGCGUGAACGUAGUCACCGAAAAAGGAACGGUCACCACCAGUCAUCUGCUCAUACAAGAAGCUCGGGUCGAGGACAACGGCCGAUAUCAGUGCAACCCGUCCAACUCACAGCCAAAGUCCAUCAACGUACACGUGUUGAACGGAGAGUACCCGGCGGCGAUGCAACACGGCGGCCAAGCUCACCAGAGGACCACUCACAUGUAUUGUUUGAUAUUUUUCGCUUGCAUGCUGUUGCACGUGUAA